AUGAAUGAUCAUCGAGAAAGUAUGCUAACAGUAAUAUUUGCAAUUUUAAUUUGUGUCAUUUCUCAAUGUUCGAUCACUAAUGCAGUUACCUAUGAUCGAUUUUGUCAACACUAUCCUCCACUUUCACAAUAUCAUUCUGAGCCACAUUCUGAACUACCAAAUAUUCCGGAUCGUGAGGAAAUCUCAGAUGCUGAAUUAAAAUACCAUGGGAUGAAUGAUGAGCAACGCUUAUUUAAAUAUAUUAUCAGGAAUUUUGACAUUUCCAUACGACCGGUUUGGAAUGCAAGCAGUGUUGUAAAUGUUUACAUGGGUCUUACACUCACCCAUAUUUUCAAUAUUGAUGAGAGGAAUCAAGUGUUGACACUAAAUGUUUGGGUAGAACAAAGUUGGCACGACGAAAGGAUUCGUUGGAAUCCAAUUGAAUUUGGCAAUAUCAGUAAAUUAACAGUGGGCAAGAAAUAUUUGUGGACACCAGAUAUCGUCCUCUACAAUAAUGCGGGAGAUUUUUCACGUGGUUUUGUCGACACCAAUCUUCAUAUUUUAAGCAAUGGCGAUACGCAAUGGGCACCGCCAGCAAAAGUUUCUUCGAUAUGUAAAUUGGAUGUUAGAUAUUUUCCAUUCGACGAUCAAUUCUGCUUGCUUGAAUUUGGCUCGUGGAUAUACGAUCAAUCACAAUUGGAUGUACAAAUUAUGGAACGAUACGAUGGUAAGAAUCCGUUCACACGCGAUUCGUUCAUUGAAAAUGGAGAAUGGGAAAUUGUUGCAAAUCGUACACGUAAGGUACUUCGUGGUCGGCAGACAAUCUUUUCAACAAUUGUGUUUGAAUUGCAUUUACGACGACGAGUACUGUACUUCAUUUACAAUAUUAUUGCACCGUGUUUCAUGCUUUCUAUAUUAACAAUGAUGCAAUUCCUAUUACCGUGUGAAAGCGGUGAAAAAAUAACACUUGGCUUAACAGUAUUACUGGCUUAUUCCGUUUUUAGCUUUAAUAUUGCUGAAAAUAUGCCGGAAACAUCAGAAGUUAUCCCUCUUAUUGCGAUAUAUUUGAUGGGAAUAAUGGCAAUUUCGGGUCUUAGUGUUUGUUUAUCAGUUAUCGUUCUCAAUAUGAGGCAUAGCGCUGAACGAAAUUGCAGACCUCCAAAUUGGUUAAAUUUUAUUGCAUACCGAAUUCUCGGACGUUUGUUUGGUAUAGCGGCACAAAAAAAGCACAGAAAACUGGAAUAUGCAAAAGAUACAAAAGAUCUGAUGAGCGAAAUUAUAAUGGAACGAAUUGAAAAUGAGAACGAUCACGACGAAUUGGUUGAGGAAUGGAAUCAUAUUUCGAUUAUCUUUGAUCGAUUUUUCUUUUGUUGCAUUUUUUUCCUUACCGGUGUUGCUACCUUUUUUUUGUUAAUAGCUCCUCGUUUCAGUCAUCGACAUUUUGAUAUGAAUUCUUGA